AUGAAGAGAUUAGGAAAUAUCAUGAAGGAGUGCAUAGAGAAACAAGUGCAGGAAGAAAAUGGAGAAAUAUUCAUUUUCAGCAGGUUUGCUUCAGUAAGCCCCAGCAUGAAUUCGUCUUCUUUCCUCCUCACUGGAUUUUCUGGCCUAGAGAAGCAAUAUUCCUGGGUCUCCAUCCCCUUUUCCUCCAUCUAUGCCAUGGUGCUUUUAGGCAAUUGCAUGGUGCUGCAUGUGAUCUGGACUGAACCAAGCCUACACCAGCCCAUGUUCUACUUCCUGGCCAUGCUGGCCCUUACUGACCUGUGCAUGGGACUCUCAACAGUGCACACAGUGCUAGGUACUCUGUGGGGGCUUCUUCGAGAGAUCAGCUUGGAUUCCUGCAUUGCCCAGUCCUAUUUUAUCCAUGGUCUGUCCUUCAUGGAGUCCUCUGUCCUCCUCGCUAUGGCCUUUGACCGCUAUAUUGCAAUUUGCAACCCACUGCAUUAUUCUUCCAUCCUGAGUAAUUCCAGGAUUACCAAAAUUGGACUUGCCAUAUUAGGUAGGAGUUUCUUCUUUAUUACACCCCCUAUUAUCUGUCUGAAACUCUUCCAUUACUGCCGCCCGCACAUCCUCUCUCACUCUUUCUGCCUCCACCAGGACCUUCUCCGCCUAGCCUGCUCAGACAUCCAAUUCAAUAGCUACUAUGCCCUGAUGCUGGUAAUCUGCACUCUGAUGUUGGAUGCUUUAAUAAUCCUCAUCUCCUAUGUCCUGAUUAUUAAGUCAGUCCUGGCAAUUGCCUCCCAGAAAGAGAGGCAAAAGUCAUUUCAGACUUGCAUCUCCCACAUCUGUGCUGUCCUUGCAUUCUAUAUUCCUAUCAUUAGCCUAACAAUGGUGCACCGUUUUGGCAAACAUCUCUCCCCAGUAGUCCAUAUCCUUAUGGGCAACAUCUACAUCCUUUUCCCACCUUCAAUGAACCCCAUCAUCUACAGUGUCAAGACCCAACAGAUUCGCAGCAGAAUAUUCAGACUCUUAUCUCUGAAAAGACACUGA